AUGAAAGUUUUCAAAUUAAAUUUUUUGAGAAAGACUAAAAUCUAGCUUCAAAGUUACUCAAUUUUUUUCUUACUCAAAUACGUAAUGAUAUGUUUAAUGAUUUAUAGAGAAGCAAUGAAGAUAUUUAAAAUUUCAAAGAGACAUUGUCAUAAAGUUAAAGAGAAAAAAUUAAUUUAGAUAUUUUAGUUGAAUAAUGGCCAAUCACUGAAUUUUUACCACUUAUCAUUCAUUCAGAAUUAUUAUACUGGCAAUAACAAUUUACUUAAUAUUACUAAUGCAAGAAUUCAAAGAGAAAAUUGACGUUUAAUUAUAGACUAGGCUAUGUAUCUCUUAAAGCCAUUUUUGAUUAAAAUUGUAAAAAAGAUUUUGUAUGCUCUUUUUAUAAGCAAUUAUUUUGAUGCAUUUCAAUAGAUAAUGUAUAUAUAAAAUUGAUGAAUUGAUUAAAUUAACUAAUACAGACUAAGAAAUUAUGUAAUCAGAUUGGAGAAUCUUAUAUCGUUUAAAUUAUUCAUUUAUAAUGAAGAAAAGAAUUCAUUACAAUUAAACUAAAAAUUCUAACAUAGAAGUUAAAAAAUUGAGGUUUAAUCAAAAAAACAAUUCGAUUUUCCUUUAAGUUAGAAAAUCCAAAACUAAAUUAUAAGAAUUCAAAAUAGAUUAAAAAGAAAUAGUAUUAGAUAGAAGAGUUUAUUUGGAAUCUUUGAUUGUUAGAGUCCUCAUAAGAAAAAAGUAGAUGGAUCACAAAGAUCUAUUUAUAAUUAAAUAUAAUUUCAAAAAUUAGCAAUUAUUAGCAUUUAUUAUAGAUAUUCUAUAUUUAUACUACUGGGAUAGAAUUAUUUUUAUAUAUAGAAAUCUUUUAUUUAAUUUAAGUAUGAAAUUUCACAAUAUAUUUUAUGUAUAAUAAAUUGCCGAAUUUAAGAGAUUUUUUGAUUGA